GCCGGUGAGAGUUAGUGUGACCCGGACUGCGGCAGUCCCGCUCUACCCCGGCUCACCCGGCCCUGUCCAUCUGUAAUGAGUGACCACUCCCGCCCCCUCCCGCUGUCAGACCCGUCCUGAGCCGGUGAGAGUUAGUGUGACCCGGACUGCGGCAGUCCCGCUCUACCCCGGCUCACACGGCCCUGUCCAUCUGUAAUGAGUGACCACUCCCGCCCCCUCCCGCUGUCAGACCCGUCCUGAGCCGGUGAGUGUUAGUGUGACCCGGACUGCGGCAGUCCCGCUCUACCCCGGCUCACCCGGCCCUGUCCAUCUGUAAUGAGUGACCACUCCCGCCUCCUCCCGCUGUCAGACCCGUCCUGAGCCGGUGAGAGUUAGUGUGACCCGGACUGCGGCAGUCCCGCUCUACCCCGGCUCACCCGGCCCUGUCCGUCUGUAAUGAGCGACGGACACAUCACAGCCGAGUGGCCUCGGGAGCAGCAGCUCAGACUCAACUCUCCGUACAGGGUGAGCACAUCGGUGCAGGAACAUUGUCGGUCACCCGGGUAGUCAGACUGUGAUUUCCCGGGACCAUAUUGAACGCCGUCCGGUUACAACAUCAGAGUUAGACCUACAGUGAGAGAUUUACUGGAAGAAAAGCUCACAACUGGAAAGAAAUAACAACUAAAGACGAGGGAAGAUCAACAAGUGAACCAGCCCGAGUACUGAGAGCAUCAACUGGAGAGAUCCCUUAGUUUCCAUUGAUUCAGUCAGGAGAAAGUUUGGUCACUGCCAGCAGGUGGAGCUUUCUGCCACCCAGACGGCAGACAAGAAGACGACAACCAACCAACGUCAGUCAGAGUCAGAAUGGACACAAAUCUGAACUCCGCCAUCUCCGCCUUCCUGUCAAAUUGUGACGAUCACCAACUGUUUCGGUUGACGAGAUUCUACAUGGAGCGACUGGAGCAGACGAUUGAGGAGGGCGUGGAGGGAGUCAGCUUCAUGUUAAUGGGCGAGGAUCACUUCACCGGGCAGGAGUAUCACAGCGUGACUGAGCUCGCGAAGAAGGGAAACCGAGCGGGCGCUUCCAAACUCCUCCUGGAUCUGGUGAUGGAGAGAGGCUCCGGGGCCCGGAAGGUGAUGUGGGAAUCCUUUGUGAAACUGCACCACCAUUUACCGAAGCUGAGCAGAAUAUUGAAUGAAAUACGGGAGCGAGGUGACGGCCAGUUCGCCUACAUGGACACUGAGCGGGAUUUCUCUGAAGUGCCCAAACAUCUGAAAGAUGUUCGAAGGAAACACAUGGAGACUUUGCGGACACAAACUGAAACACUGAGAGUGAACACGAUCCUGAUGAGGGAGAAGGUGAAGGUUUUCCAGCUGGAUGAUCGAUACGCUGAGCUCACGGUCAUUUCUACUGUUCGAGAUCGGAAACUGGUGGAACAUGAGCUGCUGGCAAGAGGCAGAGAUCACGAGGAGUGGAGAGAAAAAGAUCUCCGUGGUAAGCUGGAAAAAAUCCGUACUGAUCAGUUAUUCAAGAAGAGCUUUGUUCAAAAAUUGCAAAGAUACUUCUUUGGAAACAAAUCAGGGAUAUCCGCAGCAGUGGCCGGAGUCCCAGGGAUCGGGAAAACAACAAUGGUACAAAAGAUUGUUUAUGACUGGGCCGCGGGGAAGAUAUACCAACAAUUCCAGUUUGUCUUCAGUUUCAAAUUCCGGGAUUUAAACACCAUUAACUGUAGAAUAAACCUGAAAGAACUGAUUCUGCAUCAUUACCCCUACUUUGGGAAUAUGCUGGGAGAGAUCUGGAAACAGACAGAGGGACUGCUGUUCAUAUUCGAUGGUUUGGAUGAAUUCAAGGACAAAAUCAACUUUGUUGAUCGUCGGAGAGACACAGAAUCACAGUACGCAGAUCCUGAAUUCAAGUGCAAGAUGGCCUUCAGAGGAGUUCACGAGAGGAAGAUUGUGUUUACAGAUGGAGAUUUGAUCAACUACAAUCUGCAGCCUUCCCAGUUCCUGUCUGGGUUCCUGAUGGAGCUUUUGGAGAGAGAGGAUUCUGCCCGGAGCGUGGUGUACACAUUCCCACACCUCACUAUCCAAGAGUUUGUAGCUGCAGUCGCACAAUUCCUGAAUCCACAUCCCGGGGAUAUCCUGAAAUUCCUCACUGAAGCCCACAACACGACAGAUGGACGAUUUGAGGUAUUUCUUCGUUUUGUUGCUGGUCUCUCCUCCCCAAUGACAGCUCGGGGCCUGGAAGAGUUUCUGGGUCCAUUUCCUCAUCAAACAACCUGCCGGGUGAUUGACUGGGUGAAGGAGGAGGUUCAACGCCAGAGUGGAAACACAGAGAGUGAAGCUGGUAAAAGGAGCCUCCUGAACACAUUGCACUACCUGUUUGAGUCUCAGAAUCGUGGACUGGCUCAGGCCGCACUGGAAUCUGUGGAAAUGCUUUCAUUCAGUGGAAUGACACUGACCCCGAUGGACGGCGCGGUCCUGUCUCAUGUCAUCGGACUCUGUGAUGCAAUAAAACACCUGUACCUGGGGAUCUGCCACAUUCAGAUUGAAGGAAUACAGCGGCUGGGACCCGGGCUGUACAAGUGCCAGGAUUUGAGACUUGGGGAGAACGACUUGGGAGAUUCAGGAGUGAAACUGGUGUCUGGGGCUCUGAGGAACCCGGAGUGUAAAGUACAGAAACUGGGGCUGAGGGAGGUCGGUCUCACAGAUUCUGGUGCCGAGGAUCUCGCCUCCGCUCUCAGUACAAACCCAUCACUGACGGGGCUGAGCCUGAGUUAUAAUAAACUGGGAGAUUCAGGAGUGAAACUGGUGUCUGCGGCUCUGAGGAAGUCAGAGUGUAAAAUACAGAAACUGGGGCUGAGGGAUGUCGGUCUCACAGAUUCUGGUGCCGAGGAUCUCGCCUCCGCUCUCAGUACAAAACCAUCACUGACGGGGCUGAACCUGGGUGAUAAUAAACUGGGAGAUUCAGGAGUGAAACUGGUGUCUGCGGCUCUGAGGAAGUCAGAGUGUAAAAUACAGAAACUGGGGCUGAACAAUGUCGGUCUCACAGAUUCUGGUGCCGAGGAUCUCGUCUCCGCUCUCAGUACAAACCCAUCACUGACGGAGCUGAACCUGAGUGAUAAUAAACUGGGAGAUUCAGGAGUGAAACUGGUGUCUGCGGCUCUGAGGAACCGGGAGUGUAAAAUACAGAAACUGUGGCUGAACUAUGUCGGUCUCACAGAUUCUGGUGCCGAGGAUCUUGUCUCCGCUCUCAGUACAAACCCAUCACUGACGGAGCUGAACCUGAGUGAAAACUCUCUGACAGACGGAUCUGUCCCCGGUCUCCGCCGCCUCAUACUGACCCUCCCGAGUCUGAAGUGGAUCUGGCUGUUGGUGAAUCAGUUCAGUGAGACCGGGAAGAAGGAACUGAGAUCUCUGCAGGAACCCAGACCCGGACUGACAGUGGAUCUGUGAACAUCCGAAUGUGUGAACAUCCCCGCCCGCGGGAUGGGGACAUUUGGCCGACUCCCCGCCCUCCCCUUUAACUCCCGCCCUUACCUUUAACGCCGCCUUUAACGGCCGCGCGCCGGGGCUGAUUCCCGACGGUUUUAACUGGACCGGCUCAAGCCUCGCGCUGUGUGCGUCGCUCGGAGAGGUCCCGCAGUGACGUGUUUCCGCCUGUUGCCCGGCGGGGCAGCUUCCGCCGGAAGUGCGUGUACGAGACUCCCCACGUGGCACCCCGGGGAAUUACCCGGACGGGAAGAGCCCGGGGGUCCGGGGCUCAGUCUGGGACACCAGUGUCCCGGGGUGGGGGGGAUGAUCCCGGGAGAGAAUCCUUUUGCCCCCUUUGCUGAGGACGGUGUAUUCGGCAGCCUGGCCCAUAUAAUGAUGUUAAAUUGACAAAUCCCUCGGCAGUGACCCUGGAUCUGCAGCGAUCCCGGACACGGCCCUGAAGUGUGAUUUUAUAAUCAUCGGUUCCCCGAUGCAGAGUGACGGUGAGAAACGGGACUGAUUAUUCAACCGGUCACCCGUUGUCGCCGGUCAGUUAAUUGUGUCUGACUGUGAGUGAGUCGGGAGCAGCUUAUUUAUUCCCGCACGUCAGCAGCUCACACAUUGUUUAAUUACAUUUGUCUUGAUGAAAUCAAUAAACCACUGUA